UUAUACCCCAGGAUGCGCUCCUGCAAGAACAAUCACGUUUUACCGUAUUAGCUGACGCCACGAAGCUAUUCUCCAUUCACGGUGUUCUCCGUCGUUCUCCCGUUCCCAUUCUUCCGAGUUCUCCGCGAGUGGGAUUGCCACCCGCCAUUAAAUCGGGAACAGUCUCGCGAAACGUAACGCAAAGUUUCCCGUCGAUAUUCGAAUCAGAGGUUCCAGUGCAAAGACAGCGAGGAUUACCGCAGGCCGAGCCAACAAAACCACUGACCGCGUAAUUAUCAGCGGUAGCCGGGACAGAAAAGCCAUGUUCAACAAGUAAUCAACGACCGGCGGUGUCUCCAGCGGCGCAACGGUGCAAAACAAUCGCAACGCCAGGACGACUGCCAGGUUGGAAGAAGUCCAAAGCCUCGAAGCAGCCUUUGCGUGUUACACGAUACACGCAUGAAUGACACUGUACAGCGAUGUCUGUUCCGGGACCUUGAUCUUGGAACACUUUCCCGCGCGAAGAAAAGAACACCAAGGACCGAACGAUUCACCUUCGGCUGAUGGAAAUUUCAAUAUGAUGUUAAUCGACUCGGGUAAAAAAUCAUUCCACUUAUGCGCGCCGCAUAGCUGACAUAGCUGGUAAUGCGGAAACGAUCAAGUUGUACUUUUGGACACAAGUUUCGAUGGAUGCCAUGACCGGAUGAUAGACGCGCAGUCUACUUGGAGCAAUACCGUUAACGCUGAGUGGCAUAUAAAUCGUAGCCAGCGUGCAUAGCAAUCAAUCGCGUCACCUGGACUUUAUCAAGAUGUACAGACUCGCCUGCACGCGAUCGAACGAGCCGGACGAACUAUUACCUUGAUGGAGGGUCGGACAGCACCAACAGCUAACUUUUCCUGGUCACCUGGAGACUCAAGACGAAGAAAAACGCCGGAUCCUGAACAAGCGCGGAUUUUAUCCUGUCCCGCAGUGGUCCUUUCUCUGAAGGGUCACCAGAGAGAACGCUAAUAGACCAAGGUGUUCGUCCGGCGAUCAGGUGGGGAUGAAGGUCGCACGCUGCCUCGUGCAAAUGCCUCGGGAACGUACACCUAGACCUACAAAACGAGAUUACACGGGGCUAUCUACCGGCAACCCGUUGCAUCGCGUAUCCACGCGUGCACUCGCCAGACGCCGACAGACACUGUGAACCGGGAACGGAGAACGCACCUCUCGCUGCAAUCUGAUAGAAGCAUCCAAGAUCAUCCGAUACUGCGGAAGGUGGUACCACCGCAGGCAGCCGCGAGAGAUGUGGUCACGAACGCGAUUCUUGGUCCUGGCGUGGAUGCUCGCGUUGCUAGUGGGAGCGCGGGUCAGCGACGGGUCGCAGGGGCCGCGUCUCGGCGGCGCCGUGAACAUCUUCAGCCGAUACGGCUACCUGAGCAUCAGUAUGAGAGUGUUGCCCAGAAACGACACCGACACCUGGAUAUUCCGGGAGCCGACGCUAGACGUUUUCAUGAAUCCGGUUCGGACGGCGACCAGACAGCGCCAGCAGACCACGGUCUUCGACGGUGAUUUCCAUAUGGAAUUCUGCGACAACAUCCGGCAACUUUUACAGGCCUACUUCCGGGAUUUCACGUUCGAAAAGCUGGAGAGGCCAUGGCGGGCGUUCACCGGUAGCUGGUCGAAAGCCGCUAUUGCCCGUCACCUGGGCAUCAACGCUUCGUUCAUCAAUGGCGAGCAUUGUUACGUGCUAGUGCGAGUCGCCAGGUUCCGAGAAACCGAGAAGCUGGCUGGCACGGCGGAGUCGAUGAUCCUAGACGAAGCCGUUUUUAGAGAAACGAAGAACGUCACGGUCGGUGACACCGCCAGCGUUGUUCGAUUCAUCAAAAACUUCGGCUCGCACUACAUCGCUGCCUAUGUCACAGGGAAUUCAUUGUACCAGGUGUUUGUCUACACGCCUCAAGCGUACCUUCGCAUAAAGGAGCGUUUGAAGACAGGCGGCGUCGCAAACCUAUCGAAUCUCGAGUUAAGCAAUUACUUUUCACCGUGGUACGCCGAGCAUAUCGGCGCGAUUCAGGCAGCGAGCGGGAACCGUACCGUUGAAGCAUGGGCAGUGGAACAGCUCCGGAAUCAAUAUUACCUUUUCUCACACGCUAGUUUGCUGAAAUUGCACGGAGAUGCGACGCUGUUGAAGAAACUCGACGAACUUCUUGGUAACGAGGCGUUGUUGCAGCUGCAAUUACGAACGUUGGCUCCCAUCUUCAACGAUACUCAGCGACGCGAAUGGUUCCUCGAGGUGAUCGAUAAUUACUUUAAGUUAUGGGAAGUGAACAUGUGAAGUGUACCAUUGCGAAAAGAAGCAUACGAACAAUUGGUACAGCUUCGUUUCACUUAUGUGACCCGACUCGCCCAUGGGAAGCAACGAUGUCCAUGCAUUUAGAAAAUGAAUGAGAAAGUAUCAAUGACUUCCAGCAAGGAGCAAUCGCCUGUAGCGCGAAGGGGCAUCACAGUUCUCUGGGUCGCUGUCAAUCGAGAUCCACUUCGAAAGUUCACUACCGUUUUCCGUCGAACGGAUACUAGGAUGUAGUAGAGAAACGACCAACUAUCAUGUUGUUAUAAAUAAGUAUUUAUUAUUAUAAUCGAUAAUAGAAAACAUUUUUAUACAAACGUUUUAAAUAUAUCACAAGCAUUUUUCGCAAAAGUGUCUUGACUGAAAAAUAAGCGACGUCUUGUUUCUCUGAUUUUGUUAUGUUCUAGAUAGUAGACGUAUUGCUUUAAUACAGUUAAUCUCGGAGGGUACUUCGAUAAACGAAGAAACAAGACUCGCGACGUUUUUCUUUUUUGUAUUGAGUUUGACUACAUUUCUCGAGCGUGGAGAAAUUUAGUUGAGGAACCAAUUUAUGUGAAAGUAAAUAUACACAGUACGCGUUUCGCGAUUAAUUUGAGACUUUAAAAGUCAUGGACGUUUCUAGUAGAAUUGAAGUAAAUCAAUAUAAAUAUCGAGUAUGAAUAAACAGAAUGUUAGUGUGUAUAUUCCUUACAAAGUCAAAAUUUAUUUUAUUGGCACGGUGAGAUGACUGAUGAAUGGAACUUAUG